UGUAAAGUCCUCCACAGCACAGCUGCCUCUCUCGCCUCUUCAAUGCUCACAGCACAGAAUGCCCCUGAGGCUACUGCUGAAGGAGACAACAAGACAGAGCAGCAAGGAAGGGGGUGGGCCAGGAAACAGACCCUUGGAUGAAGCAAGUCUGACUUACUUUUGCACUGUCACACUCAAAGAGAGAGCUGCACGCUGUCUACAGGUGCUCUACAAUCACUGGACAGUCUGUGGAACUGAGAACAAAGAAGGCUAAUUUAAAGGAUACUUCAAGACUUGUCAGGGAAGAAUUUGGGAUUGCUUUAAUAAGUAUUUUGGACAAAGACAUUUGUUUUUCCUCAAUGGGAUACACUAGGAGUGGAUUCUAACAGGACUACUCCUUUUUGCUGCUUUUGGGUGGUAUUUCUGAAGUCGAACCAGAGGAAAGGACUGUGUGAAUUGAAACUUUGGAGUGAGUAGCUUCUAAGCUUGGGGCAACAAUCUUGUUUGUGGCUAGGGAAAGGACAGGAGGAAGGGGGAGGGGAAGAGGUAGUCAGGGUCUGGCUCCAGUCUCUGGGGUGAAAUGCUUUCAACAUGAGGCUUUGUUGAAGAAUGCCGCAGAGGAGUGUUUGAUCGCUUCAGUUUUGAACUGCCAACAGAAAAAAAAAACACAUUAAAGAGAUCUAUGUGCCCUUGAAGGAAAUAUCAUCUUGUGGUUGGAAGCAAUCUGUCUCCUGCACAUGCUUUGUUUUGCCCUGUUGAAUUGUGGAUUGAGGAAAAUCCUCUUAUUGUGUAGUCGCGCCUAACUGCCACCCCAUAGUGUGCCUUUGUUUCUCACUGAGAUGUACAACACCACUGUUCAGAUGGAGGCUUUGACCCAGAUAUGGACUGGCAGUGCCAGCAACAAAAAUUCCUCUCUGCAGCUACACAUCACCCACUGCCCAAAGAAUGACAACUUCAAAUAUCCACUCUACAGCAUAGUGUUUAGCAUUGUCUUCAUGAUGGGACUCAUCACCAAUGUUGCAGCCAUGUACAUUUUUACUUGUUCACUGAAACUGCGGAAUGAGACAACCACAUAUAUGAUGAAUCUUGUGGUUUCUGACUUAUUAUUUGUGCUCACACUUCCUUUGAGGGUCUUUUACUUCAUCCAGCAGAACUGGCCAUUCGGCAGCCUGCUCUGCCAGCUCUCUGUCUCACUCUUUUACACCAACAUGUAUGGGAGCAUCCUGUUCCUAACAUGCAUCAGCGUGGACCGCUUCCUCGCCAUCGUAUACCCCUUCCGUUCAAGGGGUCUCCGGACCAAACGCAAUGCCAAAAUUGUAUGUGUUGCUGUUUGGGUUCUGGUGCUUUCUGGAAGUCUUCCGACAGGCUUCAUGCUAAACAGUACUAACAAGCAAAAAAAUAACACGAUAGCCUGCUUUGAGAACUUCUCCUCAAAUCAGUGGAAGAGCCAUCUCUCAAAGGUUGUGAUCUUCAUAGAGACAGUGGGGUUCCUUAUCCCUUUGAUACUGAACGUUGUUUGCUCCGCUAUGGUGCUCCAAACUUUGAGGAAGCCGCAGACUGUUAGCCGGGGAGGGAAGCUGAACAAGAAAAAGAUCUUGAGGAUGAUCAUCGUCCACCUCUCCAUCUUCUGCUUUUGUUUCAUCCCCUACAACGUCAACCUUGUCUUCUACUCACUAGUGCGGACAAAAACCUUGGAGGGCUGCGCAGUAGAAUCAGUGGUUCGGACGAUCUAUCCAAUCGCUCUGUGUAUUGCUGUGUCCAACUGCUGUUUUGACCCCAUCGUCUACUAUUUCACCUCAGAGACAAUACAAAACUCAAUUAAGAGGAAGUCUCAGAUGAACCGUUCCUUUGAUGUCAAGUUCUCUGAGGCUUUGCAGUCAGAGACGAGCUCCUCUCUUCAGUUCAGCCUGAGGUCCAUAAAGAACAAGAUGUUCCACAAUGAGUCUAAUGUAUAAGGAAGGACAAGUAUUGGACAAAUGGAUGUAAAGAAACUGAAUGCACAAAAAGCACUCUGCAGUGGAUGAAAUGUGGCAUAAAACGUGCGAAUAUGCCUACAUUUGGUUUGUUAAUAUCUCUCAGGGUAGUAAGUAAACUACGCCCUUUUAGUGGGAUUUACUCUUAAAGUCAUCCUUCAGCCCAGUACUGGGGGGCACACCUGUUCUCAAUGGAAUUAUAUCCAAACAUUUGGAAUACUUAACUGUGGAGUAAGAAUAAUACAAAUAUACUGUAAAUCAACUGGAACUUGAUCAACUAGACCAGAACCUCUAACUAUAUGAAUGCACUUACAUUUCCAGAAUGCAGCUUGUCAUUCUGGCACUGAGGAUGGAGCUGGUGUGCUUUUGAUAAAUACCGGAUUAGAUCUCCUAACUUCAAACAAGCGUUACACACCAAUUUUUUUUCCCCUCCACUGCUCAGCCUUGCACAAACACAGCAUCCAAAACCCAGCACACCACCUCAAGCUCCACUUCAAAGCUUCAAAAACUUCAAUACAGGCUUGUUUACUUUUUCUGCACCUUCGACUGGUUUAUUUCCUAAUGUUGUGAGAAGGAGGGGUGCAUGGUCCAGAGAACUGAAUACAGUUUUAACUAGAUUAAGACUACACAUAUUAUUUAGUCUGUUUAGUCAGUCUGUUAGAUUCUGUUCUAUCUGAAUUUUGUAAUAAUUUAUAAAAAUGUUUAUCUUCCAUUUAAAGAAAAGUUCACUCCAAAAUUUAAUUUCUGUCAUUUAGUCAACCCAAUGUUAGUCUUUGGAAUGUUUAUGCUGUUUUUCCCUGUACAGUGAGGAUGAGGGCAACCAAAAAGUGUAAUUAAUGUAUGUAUGUAUGUAUGUAUAUAAAAUAGAAAUAUGAGGAUGUGGGAUGUGUUUGUGGAUUCAGUUCAUACAGCUUAAAUAUUCUAAAGAUAUAUAUCAACAAUAAUCUCAUCAAGUUUGGUAAGAGAUUUUGGGGAAAUCUUUGACAAUAAACUGACCUUCAAAGACCGAACUGCAAGGACACCACAAUCAUGCAGGUUUGAAUUGCACAAAGUUAAGAUAUUGAUGUAGAACAGCCGCAGUCUCCAUACCCAUCUACGUACCACUCAGCCUUGUGAGUACUUCCCCUUCAGAAGGCUGAGGACAGUUAAUGAAUGAUGCCUCAUGGUACCAUUACAGACAGGCACAAAAUCAAUCAACCAGAACAUUUUUGUUUCUUGUUGGUGGAAUUAUUUUCCCAACCCAAUCUGGGACACUAAAUCCCUGACAAUAUUAAAUAAACAACUGAAAACUCAUCUCUUCUGUCUGAAAAAAAAAUCUUCCUCUAUGCUUUCAUACUUUAAUUCUAAACGAUGUCUGAAACUUUGUAUCAUUAGCACUUCUCUCACUUGUUUACUGUCUGAUUAUGAUGAAUCGCUUGCUGUAUUCCGCUUUGAAUGAAAAAAUCUGCAAAGCGAAUAAACGUAAAUGUAAAUAUAUACAUAUACUGCUGCAUUAUAUGCCUCCUAGUCUUCUGAAGUCAUAUAAUAGCUUGUGUCAGGGAACAAAUUCAUAUCAGUAUUCAGUGAAUGCACGAGGCAUCUUGAUUCUCCGUUGUUUGAAUGUAUGCAAACAUGAGUGUUGGAUUUUAAGGAUUAUGUAUCAAGUAUUAUGGUGUUUUUUGUCCUUUUUUGGGGGUAAUUUUUCAUGUUGUAUCCCUAGAACACGAGACUGCAAAGAAGAAAAAGGUCAUAACAAAACAAAGAGGCUACAAGAAAUGCUGUGAAGCAAAGCAAUUGUCAAGAAAAUAGCUCAGCCAUCAUAACUGUUCUCAAAUCUUGGUGUUUUUAUUUUCCUCUGUCUUUAAAUGGGAGAUUAGCAUGUUUAUUGAUAUAUACUCAUGGUGAAGCAGAACAGCUGAACAAGCAAAGCAGAAAUCUGCUGAAGUUAUUGAUAGAAUCCUCAAGGCUGCAAGAUUAGGUUUCCCCAUCACCCCUGACCCCAUUUCGACAGCACAUGUGACAGGAACUGCUCUCAAAAUUGACUCAGUUAUGCUAACCCAAAAGGAAGCUUGUUUCCUGAGUUGAAGCGUUUUUUUCUAUCAGGCUGUUGACUGUUCUGAGACAGUGUAACAGCCCAUAGUCAAGUCAAGUCACCUUUAUUUAUAUAGCGCUUUUACAAUACAGAUUGUGUCAAAGCACUUAACAGUAUCAAAUUGGAGGAUAGAGUGUCAGUAAUGUAUAAUGAUAAGAUUAAACACUCAAUUUUCAGUUAAAGGCAUUUCAUUAUUGAAUUCAGAGAUGUCAUUGUCUAGCUCGGUUUAGUUUAAAUAAUAUCUGUGCAAUCAAAUCGGCGAUAAUCGCUAGAAAUUAAGUGUCCCCAUAGCACUGUUACUAUGGAUUUAGUUAGGGUGCAGUUUUACUACAGCCCUCUGGGGGCUCUAGGGUGCUCCCCUCCUCUAUAUUAAGCCCAGGUGUGGUAGUAGACACAGUUGCCAAGUCCGCGUAUUAUACGCGACUUUGGGCUUCUUUUUUUGUAAAGUUGCGGGAAAAAAUCCUGGUCGCGGGUUGCAGUUUUUUGGGCUUAUUUUAAAAAAUAUGGUCGCUUGUUAGGGAAAUCUGACAAGCAACUUCGUUUUCUUUAUUUAUGUUCGCCUGUAUUCUCCAAUGCAUUGAUUGACACUCUGUCUGCUCACAGUUAAUAGCCAACAAUAAUAUAAGUGCUGUAGCGUAAUUUGCCAUAUGUUCCGUCCCUCAUUGGAGAAAAAUCACAUUCAAAAAGAAGGCGCGUGACUCUGUGAUGUAGACUUAGAGGAGUGGGAUGACUUUCUUUUAGUCUAAGUUUUACAAUGUUUUGUAAUGUAUUAAUUAUCACGGGCUGUAAUAAAAAACAAGUAGUCAUAUCCUAAUUCUGAGUAAAUACAUUUGGUUCGAAUAGCCUGGUAUAGCAAGAUGUCUUAAAAUGUAUUUCUUUUUUUUAACAUUUAAACCACAUUAUUAGAUUACCUUUUGACUUCACGAAUACACAUAAAUGACAGCUUAAUGAUUUAUCUUUU